CCCAGCAAGGUCAUAUCUGUCAUUUUACAUCAAAGCAAACAUAUUACUGUCCGAUGCCGGAAAAAUCUUCUCUAGUCUCAAAAACAGCUUCCGUCGUCUUCUUCAUUCUUCUCAUUUUCCCCUAAAUUAUCUCUCUUCCCAUUUUGCGCUUCCACAAGAUCUCUAAAUCCCCCAUCCCUAUAUAUUUUACGGUGUAAAUUCCACCAAAUUCGAGGGCAUUUUCGGAGAAUUUAAUCGAAAAUCCCGAGUUUUUUUUCGCCGGAAAAGUUCCGUUGGAAAUGAGGGGAAAUAUUGGGGCAUGAGGUAUUCGUUUGUGGGGAUAGAAUUAUGAGGGGAUCUAUAUGGCCGGAGAAUUCUAGCAGUGAUUCAUCCACGUCAAAUUCGCUUCAUCUACAGCCACCGCCGCCACGGCGGAAUUCACCUCCUCAUUCGAUUGCGCAAAACCCUAAUUGCAAACACAGAUGUGGUAACGUCUUUCAGCUGUUAACAAGGAGGGAGGUAUCUCCUCAAACUAAACGUAGUUCUAAGAAGUUUUGGGGUGAGAAAUCUAAAUGUUGUGCUCAUUCCUAUGAGUUAAAAAGCCAAGUAGCAAGUGACCCAAAACGGGGUCUUAUAUCAUGGGUAGAGGCAGAGUCAAUGAGACAUUUUUCAGCUGAGUAUUGUCCACUUCUGCCUCCACCUAGGUCUACAAUUGCUGCGGCAUUCAGUCCUGAUGGGAAGACACUUGCUUCUACUCAUGGAGAUCACACAGUAAAGAUAAUUGAUUGCCAAAGUGGGAAAUGCUUGAAGGUGUUAAGUGGACAUCGCAGGACUCCUUGGGUGGUUCGUUUCCAUCCACUGUACUCUGAGAUGCUCGCAAGUGGAAGUUUGGACCAUGAAGUUCGUUUAUGGGAUGCAAAAACCGCCGAGUGUAUAGGAUCACGUGAUUUUUACCGUCCUAUUGCAUCUAUUGCCUUUCAUGCUCAAGGGGAAGUUCUCGCUGUUGCUUCAGGGCACAAGCUGUAUAUGUGGCACUACAACAGAAGAGGGGAGGCAUCUUCACCAGCUAUCGUACUAAAGACAAGACGUUCACUUCGUGCUGUGCAUUUCCACCCACAUGGCGCCCCAUUUCUUUUAACAGCUGAGGUCAAUGAUCUGGACUCAUCAGAUUCUUCAAUGACGCUUGCAACUUCUCCGGGUAACUUGCGGUACCCUCCUCCUACUGUGUAUUUGACAGAUGCUCACUCCACUUAUCGAUCUGCUUCAGCAAAUGAAUUGCCUAUCAUGUCUCUACCAUUCAUGAUCUGGCCAUCAAUCACUAGAGGUGAUCCUAGAAUGCCAUUGCAGCAGAGCAAUGCAGACAUGGGUUCUGACAGUACACAGAACAGAGCAGACACUUCUGCGUCUGUCCGACUUCUCACUUACUCAACUCCUUCUGGCCAGUAUGAACUUUUAUUGUCCCCUGUUGAGCCAACUUUAUCUCCUGCACAAGAAGCUCAGACUAGUUCUUCUGUUAGGGAUACUGAGAAUGCAUCUAACCCUGUAGUUGAUCCUAUGGAGACUGAUGUGCCGGCCGAGGAGAGAAAUAAUCAGUUUUUUCCUUUCAGUGACCCUGCAUACUGGGACUUACCAUUCUUGCAAGGAUGGUUGAUUGGCCAAAGUCAAGCAGGCCAACGAGCAAUUCAUUCUGAGCAUAGUGGUGCCACGAACAUUGUAUCAGCUUAUGGUGAAGUAGAACAUCCUCCUGCAGUUCCGUCAAUCAUUUCAAACAGUAAUCAUCCAAGGUCUGGAAGAUCUGGUUCUCGGCACCGUUCUUCACGCUCUAGAGCGAUACCUGUUGCUGUAUCUGGUGAUAGUGCUGUUCCCAUUAACAUUGCACAUAAUGAAACUGAUUCUCAAGCUUUUAUGAGUCGGUUCCAGUCAGAGAUAGCUACUUCCCUGACUGCAGCAGCGGCUUCCGAAUUGCCUUGUACUGUGAAGCUCAGAGUAUGGCCUUAUGAUGUUAAGGCUCCAUGUGUGCCGCUUGAUGCUGAAAAAUGUCGCUUAAUGAUACCACAUGCUGUGCUUUGUAGUGAAAUGGGUGCCCACUUUUCACCAUGUGGAAGAUUUUUAGCAGCUUGUGUUGCAUGUAUUCUGCCUAACAUGGAAGCUGAUCCUGGUUUCCAUGGACAAUUUCGUCAUGAUGCUGCAACUUCACCUACCAGACAUCCAAUUGCAGCCCAUCGGGUUAUGUAUGAGCUACGUAUAUAUUCCUUGGAGGAGGCGACUUUUGGUUCGGUGCUUGUAUCUCGAGCAAUUAGAGCUGCUCAUUGUUUGACUUCAAUUCAGUUUUCUCCAACUUCUGAGCAUCUUUUACUUGCCUAUGGACGUCGCCACGGUUCACUUUUGAAAAGUAUAGUGAUUGAUGGAGAUACAACUCUACCUGUUUACACGAUUCUUGAGGUCUAUAGAGUUUCGGAUAUGGAACUUGUGAGAGUUCUUCCCAGUGCGGAGGAUGAGGUUAACGUCGCUUGUUUCCAUCCUUUGGUUGGUGGUGGCCUAGUAUAUGGAACCAAGGAAGGAAAAUUGAGGAUCCUCCAAUUUGAUAAAUCAAAUGGUUUGGACUGUACAGUAUCCUGUUUCCCUGAUGAAGACAUGCUCGAGGUCCCAACAUAUGCUUUAGAAGGCUAGAAACUGUUGAAGAUAGCAGAUGGUUGUAGUUGUAAAACUUGGGUGUUACGGAAAUAUACAUAUCAGGACAUGACUGAUGGCUUCAAAGUUUGAGUGUGUUGCUGAUGGUUUACUGUAUAGUUGGUUAAAUGCAUCCUGCUGGUGGCAAAGAGAGUAUUUAUACUUCCGGUUGUGUACUUACACUAGACAUUACAGACUGACUGAUCUUUUUCGUGCUACGAGGGAGUGCAAAAAAUGUUGUGCUUAAGGUGGUUUCUGGAGAGCCGAGAAAAUACUAACAUGAUAGAAGAGGAAGUGUCAUCGGAAAGUUGGGAGGGGUGAACAAGUUUGCUGUUUCUGCAAGUUUGACAUUUCGUUGUAUUGACAUAUGGCUUCAAAAUGUACAUCAGAAAUUGAAAUAGACUAGUUGGUUUUCUUUCAAGUGAAGGGUUCAAGAGAAAAAAAAGAAGGAAAAGAAGAAAAUUUCCAGUCACAAACAUUUAACUGUUUAUAUGUAUUUAACAUUUUGUACUUUCUUUUAAAUGGUUUCUGUUUUGCAGACGUUCGGUAAAAGAUAGAAAAAAGAAGAGAGUUGGUUUUCCUUUUUUACAUGAAUGAAAU